CACUAAUAUAGCGACACAAAAAACCCCCCAGAUGUGUAUCUACGUAUAGGAACCCCUUAUUCUCUCCUCCACUGCCACUGAUAUUUGUCGGUGAAUUUGGAUUUCCUCUCCCUUUUUGAAAAAUUUAAACAAACAAAAUCCAUCUUCGACGUGUAAGCUCACGCAGAUGCCAAACCUCAGAGUCUCCUAGCAUGAAAAUCAAGACGCCAAUCCGCCGUCGUGUCGAUCCAUGAAAGAAACCCACAGACGUCCUCUCUGACUCGGUGACUCCCCCAAUAAGAAUUCUAGAGAGAGAGAGAAAGAGAUGGAAGGCGUAGGAGGAGGAGAGAGAGUGGGCACGAGGAAGCGAGGAGGGAACAUGGAGGGUGAGAGGAAUUAUAAGGGGAUAAGGAUGAGAAAGUGGGGUAAAUGGGUGGCUGAGAUUCGGGAACCUAACAAGCGUUCGAGAAUCUGGCUUGGGUCCUACUCGACUCCAAUCGCCGCGGCUAGGGCUUACGAUACGGCGGUUUUUUAUUUAAGGGGUCCAUCUGCCAGGCUCAAUUUCCCGGAAUUGUUGGUUGGCGAGAGCGUAAGCGGCGGAGGCGAGAUGUCGGCGGCUUUGAUUCGGAAGAAAGCGACUGAAGUCGGCUCCAGAGUCGAUGCUUUCGAGAUUGCUAUGCGGCAUCAUCAUCAGCGCGACGUUAAUCAUCAUCACGAUGACGACGAUGAUCACGAGACUAAACCAGUGGUUAGCAGCGGCGGAUUCAAUUCUUUGGUGGAGCGGGUUGACUUGAACAAGCUACCCGAACCGGAAGACUUAGAUGGUGAUCACUGGAAGACAAAUUAGAGACUUUAAGCCAAGUCUUUUUCUUACUGUUCUGCAGUUUCUGUUUGUUCGUAGUGAUGGUUGCUAACAUGCGCCGAGGAAGAUGUGGCGGUGAUGACUGAACAUAUGAUGAGGCUUUCUUCUUCUCUUUGGUUGCUAAAUUACUAAAUUUUGUACUUACUAGUGCUUGGUAUAAUUCUUCUUUCCCUUGAAGAGAUUUUCACCUUGUGUAAAAGGUUCAAUUGUACAUUAAUUAGUUAUCAGCAUAUUUUCUAACUUCAA